AUGGCGGCCGACUCCGACAGCGCCGGAACGGCGGUCAAGUUCGGCCCCGUCGUCGGCCGCCACGGCAAUAUCCUCCCCACGCUCCUCGGUCGCCUGGUCCGUCGCUUCGUCUUCCGCAGCGUCCUCUCCGCGUAUGGCGAGGAGCCGUGCCCUACAGCUAUCAGCUUCGGGGAUGCCACGUGCGCCGUCUAUUUUGACGAGUUUGUCAGCUUGGUCUGCAGCCCUUGGAUCUCCGCCGCCUGCCACGGGGACUGGUGGAAAAUCAUGCUGCCUCAGCUCGCGCGGAGCAAUAUCUACCUCUAUCACGCAGCCAUCAGCGUAGGUGCCCUGAGCAAGUGGCAUCAGCGCGCGGCGCACACCGAUGCCGCCCCGCGCCCACUCUUGCCGGCCCCUGGCUCCGCCGCCGAGAUGGAGAGCGACCCGCAUUACCUGCGUGCCAUCGCUCACUAUUGCCAGGCCCUUCGCCUGCAGAGAAAGGGCGCUUCGACCACGGACGCUCUCUUCCUCUCCAUCCUACUCGUCUGUUUCGAGACCCUCCGCGGGAACAACAAGACGGCGCUCGCCCACGUGAAUCACGGCCUGGCCCUCCUACUCUCCGUCGUUUCCGACGUCGGCCCUGGCGAACGCAUGGGCGCCGCCCUGGCGCCAAAUCCACGCCCGGUUCUCGGGGCGGUGGCGGACAUCUUUGUGAAUCUUGCCGGUCAGGCCCGCAGCGUCCUACCCGGCCGCCUCGCCGAGGGGGCCCCAUUCCCCAAUUUUACCAAGGGUCUACGCAAGAAGAAGCAAACAAUCGAGUCCUUCAUGAUCACGUUGAGCGAGUUGCCGCACUGCUCGGUCACGGUGGAUAACGUGCCGGAAGUCUUUACGAGCCUGGAUCAGUUUGAGCAGUACUGGCUCGCCCUCGGACGGAAGCAGGUCAACGUGAGCGCCGUGCUGAUGGAGGUGGUUCGGUCGUCGGGUAUGCUGAGCGUGAAUGCGACCGACGACCUGAACAACUUCUACCAGAAUCUCCUCGGAAACCAGCGCAUCACAGAGAUCUGCGAGGAGCUGACGGCCCUGAUGCUCACUCUGGGCAACGCCUUUACCCCGCUGUUCAACUCCAUCAUCAUGACGGAGGGCGUCCACUCGCCGCUGUACUUUCGCGCCCUCUACCUUCGCCUCCAAUUCAUAGCCUCCUACCUCUUUCAAAACCCCUCUUUCUACCUUCGCGUCGAGUACCUCCAGGCCCAGACCCCGUACUUCCGCGAGUACCUGACCAUGGCCCAGCUCGCCCUCCGCGCUGUCCGCCGCGAAAUCAAGCACCCCGCCCAGCAGCUCUCCCUGCAGUGCCUCAUGUCCUCUCACCUCCUCCUCGUCGCUUUCUUCUGCCGAGAACCCCUCGCGCGAGAGGAAGCCCUGAACCUGCUCGAGGAUUACCCCGUCCAGGACGGCGUCUGGAACGUCCGCUCCCUGUACCAGCUCGGCGUCCGUAACCGCGACGUGGAGAGGAGAAAUACCCUCGAGGGAUCGCCUACGGCGCAGUGGGAGCGGCUGCGCCGGAGAGAGUACCUCUUCGAAGAGGGUGGAACACGCGUCAUAUUCCGGUUUAUGGAUAACGUGGAUGAUCUGGGGGCGUGGGAGCUGGUGGAGGAAGCAGGAGAGCUCUCCGAGGACCAAAAGCACAUGCGGUGGACGCGGCAGCCCCUCACGGGAUCGGGAAGGCUGCUCAUGGUGGAUCUGGUCAACGUCUAG